UUCCGGGACAUUCCACCCAGGAGAUCAUGGACGUGCCCCUUGUCGACAUGUUGUGCGAGGAACCGGGCAGGCCCGCACAUCCUGAGACUUUCCUUUCCAGCCAACGCGGAAAGAACGGGCUCGCGCCGGUCACAGUUGGCGUGGACUUCCCGGUGUGUGUGGUUCUUCCUGCCGGUGGCAGCGGAGAGAGGACCGGACUCCAGACACCGAAACAGUUCUGCUUGCUAUUGGGCAGACCGCUUAUAAGCUACACGAUUCGGAGUUUUGAGAGAGUAUCAUGGAUCCACAGCAUUGUGGUUGUCGUGGCCAAAGAAAACAUGGACCUGAUGACGGACAUCGUUGGGCGCUUCCAGCACACCAAAGUCCGGCUGGUGGCGGGCGGCUCCACGCGUCACAGGUCAAUUUGUAAUGGAGUCAUGGCCCUGGCUGAGGAAGAUGAGGAACAGGAGCGGGAGAACAAGGUGGUCAUCAUCCAUGAUGCCGUUCGUCCUUUUGUGGAGGAGGAAUUCCUGUAUCAUAUUACCGUGGCUGCUCGGGAACAUGGAGCGUCAGGGGCCAUCCGACCACUCGUCUCCACGGUGAUAGCCACUACGUCAGAGGGCUUCCUGGAUCACUCGCUGGAGCGAGCUAAGUACAGAGCCAGCGAGAUGCCUCAGGCCUUCAAGUUCAACAUUGUCCAUAAAGCUUAUCAAAGGUGCACUGAAGCCGACUUUGCCUUUGGUACCGAGUGUCUCCAUCUGGUGCUGCAGUACUGCGCCACCAACGCCAAGCUCAUCGAGGGCCCGCCCACAUUGUGGAAGGUCACCUACAAACGGGAUUUGGCUGCUGCAGAGUCUGUUGUCAAAGACAAACUAUCUCGGUCGGCCUGCGUGAUCACAGGCGCAUGUUCGCGUGCUAGGAUGCUGGCCGACUCCCUCCACGAGGCCUUUUGUAGCCUAGAAAUGGAGCUGGACAUCAUCCCAGAUGUGAUUGGUGACAACGGCGGGUAUCUGCACAAGGCCUGGAACUUUAUCCAAUUUUUUAUGAAUGUCUCUGACUUGGCUCAACUGGAGACCACGUUUGCGGCGAUAGAGGCGGCCCGUCAAACACUUCUACAUCCGGUGGUUGUCAUCGUGGUCCAUUUAAGCAACGCGGAUCGACGGGCAGUUGAGCCGGCAGCCUUUGCCGAAUUGGCCUCGACAGCCAAGCUCCGCAAUAUUCUCUUGUACGGUGUCCAUGUGCAGCAGUCAAAGGAUGCCGAGCGAUGGGCGAGGUCUGUGGCAAAAGUGGCCGAGCUGACAUCAGCUUUGAUUCGGGAGCGGAGCGAGGCUUUGGUGGGACAACUUCUUCAAGCGUGACACACUUCAAGAAAAAAAAUCAAUCACAUUCAAAUAGACCGGGAAGCACAAGCUGCCAGUCAUCUGCUUAGCCCGCCUCCACAUCUUGAUCGGAGUCUUUUUUUUUUUUCCUCACUGUGACGAAUAAAUUGACUUGGACAUGUGGAA